GCCGCUCCCGCCCGAUCCCGGCGCUGAUCCCGCUCCCGGGGUCCGUCCCGGCCAUGGCGCCCGCCAUCGCCGCCGAGGAGGGCGGGCGGCAGCGCCGUGCCGGCUCCCGGCAGCACUGCCUGGCCGCGGCGGACGAGCCGCUGCCCGCGGACGCCGAGGCGCUGGUGGGCGCGGCGGGCGCGGCGCGGGGGUUCCGCGCGGAGCUGGGCAGCAUCCUGCUGCUGCUGGUGCUGUACGUGCUGCAGGGCAUCCCGCUGGGGCUGGCGGGCAGCGUGCCGCUCAUCCUGCAGAGCAAGAGCGCCAGCUACACCGACCAGGCCUUCUUCAGCUUCGUGUUCUGGCCCUUCAGCCUGAAGCUGCUGUGGGCGCCCUUGGUGGACGCCGUGUACCUGCGCGGCUUCGGCCGCCGCAAGUCGUGGCUGGUGCCCACGCAGUACGUGCUGGGGCUCUUCAUGAUCUACAUGUCCACGCAGGUGGACGCGCUGCUGGGCGACGGGCAGGGCCGCGGCCCCGACGUGCGGGCCCUCACCGUCACCUUCUUCCUCUUCGAGUUCCUGGCGGCCACGCAGGACAUCGCGGUGGACGGCUGGGCGCUCACCAUGCUGUCCAGGGAGAACGUGGGCUACGCCUCCACCUGCAACUCCGUGGGGCAGACGGCCGGGUACUUCCUGGGAAACGUCCUCUUCCUCGCCCUCGAGUCCGCCUCCUUCUGCAACAAGUACCUGCGGCUCCAGCCGCAGCCCCGGGGGAUUGUGACCCUGUCAGAUUUCCUGUUUUUCUGGGGAGCUGUCUUCUUAGUUACCACUACACUGGUUGCCUUUUUGAAAAAGGAAAACAAGGAGCUAAUACCAGCAAAAGAAGAAACAAAAGGCAUCACUGAUACAUACAAGCUGCUGUUCUCAAUAAUCAGGAUGCCAGCAGUUCUUACCUUCUGUCUCUUGAUCCUCACGUCCAAAGUUGGAUUUUCAGCAGCAGAUGCUGUAACAGGACUCAAACUGGUGGAGGAGGGGGUCCCCAAAGAGCACCUGGCUCUGCUGGCAGUUCCAAUGGUUCCUUUACAGAUCAUCUUGCCCCUGGUCAUCAGCAAAUACACAGCAGGCCCCCAGCCCCUGAACACCUUCUACAAAGCGAUGCCUUUCAGGUUGCUGCUUGGCCUGGAGUUUGCUUUCCUGGUGUGGUGGGCUCCUAAAGUGAAGCACGAGGGGGGAUUUCCCGUGUACUACUACGCUGCGGUGGUGCUGAGUUACGCUCUGCAUCAGAUCACCCUGUACAGCAUGUACGUGGCAAUCAUGGCCUUCAACGCCAAGGUGAGCGACCCGCUCAUCGGGGGCACCUACAUGACCCUGCUCAACACGGUGUCCAACCUGGGGGGCAACUGGCCCUCCACCGUGGCCCUGUGGCUGGUGGAUCCCCUCACGGUGAAGGAGUGUGCCGGGGCCCAGGGCCACUCCUGUGGCACUGCGGCGGCUGCACAGCUCUGCACAGAGGCUGGUGGCUCCUGCGUGACCACCCUGGACGGUUACUACGUGGAGUCCGUCGUCUGCCUCAUCCUGGGCUUUGGCUGGUGGUUCCUCCUUGGACCAAAGUUUAAAAAGCUGCAGGAUGAAGGACAGUCUUCCUGGAAGUGCAAGAGGAGCAACUGAUGCACUUAAAUGUUGGAUGGACCAGCCAGGUUGUUUUAGUUCUAUUCACAGACAUAUCCCAUAACCCACCCCCAGAACAUCGGUAUUUGGUGCCACAGCAGUGAGACCGUGUGGCCGAGGCAGUGGCUGUGUGUGACACCACUGCCCUCCCAGUGUCAGUUCAGAGAGUAAAGGUUCCAACCUCUGUCCUCCCUGAGUAUCCUGCAUUUCCCUGAGCUCCAGAGCCACGGCUGCUGGCACAACCACCGCUGAUCCCAUCCUGGUGCCGUGGCUGUCGAGGGGCAGCAUUGCCAGCUGAAUCCCAGCUUUACUGUCACACAGAAGUGACCUGACAGGGCAGCUGGCCCAGGGAGGGAUGCCAGAGGCAUUCUCACGUACAGGUUAAGUGUUGUACUACGGAAUUCCUUGUGGGAAGAUCAGUGUGAGGUGUCUGUGGGCUUUGCUUCUCACUUUCUGAACUGUGGCCACGCCUCAAAGGAUGAAACGUUCCAGAGAUUCUUUUAAAUGUAUUUUCUGGCUUUUAUAAGCUUUAAAGAUUUAUAAGAAAAUAUUUUUAUAAACAAAUUACAUUUGUUUAAUUUAUUUCCGCUGUUUCAAAGCAUUUUGAUUUACAUUCAAGGUACUUUCUUGAGGACAAAAUGCUGUAAGGUAGGACUGGAGUAACGCACAAUCCUCUGAGCCUCGGCUCCUGCAGCUGUAACUGGAAGGUGCAGCAGCUGGGCUUCCCAGGGGAGGGCCUUUGGAGCAGGGUGAGUUUGAGGGAAUGAACUGAUAGUGUGGGGUUUCCCCAGUGUCACUCAAAUUUGAGCAUUCCUUCUCAAAAUCAGUGGGAAAACUGUGACUGCUCCCAGCUGGGGGUAAGAAAAGCGAAUUGGUGGUGACAAAGUUGCCAGAUUCCCAGAGAGCAGGUACACCUCUCGCCCUCACAUAAAUCCAAGGAGCACAGUCCUGUGGUGGAGCUGCUGCAGCAGGAGCUGCUGAUGCCAUGUGGAAACAUUCCCAGUGCAUUAUCCCCCCUGCCCUCCCUCCUGAGUGCCUUAGUGACCCACAGCCCGCGCUGAGAGGGCACUGGGACCUCGGUGGGUGUAAAUGGUGCAUUGCUAUUAAACAGCCCAUGGAAGGGCACAAGUCUCUC